AUGAAUCAGCAGCGCGGGGACGGGCCGCGAGCGCGCCCCCAGUUCUAUCGGUGGCGGGCGGUUGGAGCCGCUCGGCGCCAAGCCCCGCCUGGCGAGGGCGGUUUAGGCCGCACGGUGAGGGUGGCGCGGCCGGCCGGCCGGGGAUUCCGGGCUAACCGCGCUUCCCUGCGGCUCCAGGCGCCUUCCUUCGCAGCACGUCGGCCGCUGCGGGUGGCACCGUUGUUGUUUGUGAAGGCAGGAGAUGGCGAAGGCCUUGUGAAAGCCGUGCAGAAGGCAGGCCAACUUGAAAGAACGAAUAAAAGAGAGAAACAAGCAAUGGACAGGGCUGGGGAAAGCCUGCGAGCCAUCCUCGUGCCGAUAGCUCAAGAGAGUUCUCUUGGAGCCAGCAGAUGUGUGCAACAACAUCCAGCAUCCAGGCCAACAACAGAGCUCUCGCUUUGGCUUUGCAGGAGGAGAAAUGCAAAGGUAGCUCCACAACUUACCGUGGAAUAUGAAGAAAUCCCUGAUAGUUGGACGAAGGCCACAGCAGAUGACAAUAAGCCACCUGGCUGCAUUUCAAAGGACUGCUGUGAAUCUUCCAGUGCCAGUGCCAUAAAGGAAGUAGACCUAGAGUGUGCUCUUUCCAAACACUUUUUUCUCCGAGCCCAGACAUUCUACUCAGCGUGCUGCGGUGGGUCCUGUCAGCACCCUGCAUCCCCCACUGCUUUUCCAAGAGAGGAAAGUGUCCUGCCUCUUCUGACCCAGGAGUCCAACUCGAAAGCCCGGAGAGGUAUAUUAAGAAGAGCUGUCUUUUCUGAAGACCAGAGGAAAGCUUUGGAUAAAAUGUUUCAGAAGCAGAAGUAUAUCAGUAAAACAGACAGGAAGAAACUGGCCAUUAACCUGGGUCUAAAGGAGUCUCAGGUGAAAAUUUGGUUUCAGAAUCAAAGAAUGAAAUGGCAAAACUCCAAAGAAAAAGAAGUGCUUUCAAACAGGUGCCUCCAAGAAGAAGGUCUUCAGGAGAACUACCUCUUGUGGUUCACCAUGAAUUUUACCUCCCCGUGCCCAUCUGUGUGGGAAGUGUCUCAGGAGCAGGCAAGUCCACGGUGGAGGGAGAAUUGUCCAGGAAAUUCGGAAAGACUGACUAGUACACAACCACCUCCAAGAGCAAAUUCAUCGCAGAGCCCACUGUAUUUGUAUCCUGACCAAGACACUGCAAAUAAGGCAGUCACAUCAUCAGCCUAA